AUGAAGAAGAGUAAACUAGAGAACUUGCUUUCUCCUUCAUCUUCAUGGCGGGAAAACCACAAUCCUCCCCGGAGAAGUCCAAACUCCACCGCCGUAUCAACCGGCUGCCUCCCCGGGUUCUUCAACCUCUUCCUCUCCACCUUCAACUUCUCCUCCAACCGCCGCAAAUCUAUCACUUUGGGAUCUAAGAAACGAGAAGAGAGAACCGUCGUCUAUGCUACUCCUCCGGAAGAUACAUCAAACAGAGACGGCAGAGGAAUCGUGGAACCGCCGCUUACACGCAACGAAGGAGAGGGAGAUGCGGCGAGGGUGAUGGCAGGAGAUGUUGUCGUGGGGACGCAAACAAAUAAGAACACGAAGACGACAAUAGAAGAAACAGACACGGACACAACAAUGUUUUCGACGAUGAAGAACGAUCACGAGUACAAAGACAACAAAACCUACAAAGUCAACAACAUUAAUCUAAUCACUAGACCUGAUCAUUAUGACGUCAUUUCCAAGAGAGCAACAAUAGAUACAUGUUGCACGUCGCCACUUGUGGUGCGGAAGGUAAGAUCACAAAGCUUGAUAGACUGUGUGAACCAGGUUUCUGAUGACUUAGCAUCUGGUCAACGAAGAGAGGUCGCUAAGAUUGGUUUAGCCCUUCAUGACCACAUCUGUCGGGACUUGAUCACUGAGAUCGUUGGCGAGCUCUUAUUCUCCCAGUACGAGAAAAACAAGUGUCUUAAGCCAGAGGUGGAUUCUGCUGAUUGUUACGGCAAAGGAAGUGGACGUCGACACAUACGACGUGGUAGUACCAACUCACUCCCGCUCGAAGCCUGUCGAAGAAGAUUAGUGUUUUAAUGUGGUUGAUCACUUUAGGUUCUUUGCAUAUCAUAGUCGCGACCGUUUUCACAUAUGACAUGUGUUGUAGCUCCUAUUUUAUAAUCUUGUUGUAUUAAUAAUCUAAGACAAACAUUUCAACAGGUUGCAAAUUGUUGGGUUUAGUGAUACUUUUUUCAGAGA